AUGGCCGCGUUUACUCUCCGACCUCCCUCGGGCAGAAAUGCGGGCUGGUUGUCUUUGUUCAGCUUCACAACUGGGAAGCAUGCGCCGACUCUGAUCGGAGGAGUCGUCCUCGCUCUCGUCGCCAGUCUGCCCACACCAGCUUUCUCUAUAUUGCUGGGCCAGAUCUUCAACGAAUUCACCUUGUACGGAGGCCAGGAGAUCACCAAUCACGACCUGAGUCGGACUACGACGAAGUAUUGCGUCCGACUGGCGGUCUUGGGAGCAAUCAGUUGGAUUUGUAACGGAUGUUACUAUGUCCUGUUUGUUAUCUUCGGAGAGUUGCAAGUAGCAAACGCUCGCACCGAGAUCUUCGAUGGCCUCUUGAAGAGGGAUCAAGAAUGGUUUGAGACACAGCAGGAUGGAACUCGGGUGUACCUGUCAAGUCUCCAGGGCCAUAUUGAUGACCUGCAGAAGGCGACGUCGCAGGCAUUCGGGCUUGCCGUGCAAUACUUUUUUCGAGCGAUCGUAUCGUUGAUCCUAGCCUUCUAUACGUCCUGGAACCUGAGCUUGGUCACUUUGUCUGGGAUGCCGGUGCUGUCGGCCAUCAUCUCAUUCCUGUCCUCGAAAAUGAAUGCGAGCUUCGAAGCGCAGAAGGUCGAGCUUGCGAAGUCGUCGAAGAUUGUGGACAGCGCUACCACCUCGAUCGAUGCUGUCAAGUCCUUCAAUGGGCAAUUCAUCGAGCACCGGAGUUUUGUGGCCAGCAUCGACAAAGCAGCCGUGUGCUACUUGAGGCGAGCACGCUUCACCUCUCUGCAGAUCGCAUUCCUGCGUAUGAUGUCCUUCGGUAUGUUCAUUCAAGGUUUCUGGUAUGGCAGCUCUCUGGCGACGUCCGGCCAGCUCUCUGCAGGGGAAGUUUUAAGGACCUUCUGGGCCUGCUUGGGAGCAGCACAGUCCUUUGAAUUCAUCAUGCCGCAGGCAGCUGUAAUGAAAAAGGGCAAGAUCGCUUCCCUUGCCCUGCGAAACGCGUUGAGUGGUCGAGCGGACGGUAAAGCCCCGGGGGUGUUAGACGGGGCCAUAUGCCCGGAUGUCUGCCACGGUGACAUUGAAGUGAAAAACCUUUCUUUCUCAUACUCGUCUCAACCAGACAGACUCAGCCUGAACUCGACGAGCUUCUUCUUUCCAGCUGGAGAGACCACGUUCGUCAUAGGAAAAAGUGGUUCCGGAAAAAGCACACUUGGACAGCUGCUUGCCCGCUUCUACAUGCCGACAUCGGGUGAGAUUCUUAUCGAUGGACAUCCCAUUCAGACGUUGAGUACGAACUGGAUUCGCAAAAACGUGACACUCAUCGAACAACGGAGCGUGCUGUUCAACGAUUCUGUGUUCAUGAAUAUCGCAUUUGGAAGCCGAGACCACAGUCGGCUCCGGAAACCUGACAUUCAAGGAUGCAUUGAUUUAGCCAGGUUAGAGGGGACUAUAGAGGCCAUGCCCGAAGGCAUCGAAACAUGUGUUGGACCCGGUGGGAGUUUUCUUAGUGGAGGUCAAAGGCAGCGGGUUGCGAUCGCCAGAGCUCGACUCAGAGAUACUCCUAUAUUGAUCAUGGACGAACCGACAAGUGCUCUAGAUGGCACCAACCGUGUCGAAAUCAUGAAAGCUAUUCGAGAAUGGCGACGAGGCAAGACGACGAUUAUCAUCACGCACGAGAUGUCCCAGAUCCUGGACCGCGACUUUGCAUAUAUUCUCGAGCAUGGCUCGGUGGUUCAUGCCGGUUAUAGACAUGAGCUAGAGGAGAACAAACUAUUCUUCCCUUCACUAAGUAAGAAAGCUAUCGAGCAAGGUGAAGAAGAAGACGCAAGCGAGGCGAUGAGCCGGAGCCCAUCGCCUGACCCUGGGUCUUAUGAGCACCCCGAGCAAGUGACCCGCCUCCUGCCGCAGCAACGCAGGCCUUUACAGAAGAUCUUGUUGACCAUGAUACCAAAUUUGACGACUGGACAACGUUGGUUGCUGGCGCUCGGAUCUUUCAGCACGCUUCUCCAUGCGAUGGCGACCCCGGUGUUCUCUUUCUGUUUGUCGCAGCUGCUGCAGACUUUCUACAACGAGAAAAGCCACGCGUCGAGGUGGUCCUUGGCCGUCCUCGGGGUAUCACUGGCUGAUGGUGUAGUGUCCUUUUUAAUGCACUACCUUUUGGAUCUAUGCGGUCAGGCUUGGGUCGAUAGUAUACGCAAGAUCGGCUUCGCUCGAACCCUCGACCAGCCCCGCAAAUGGUUUGACGAAGAAGGGAACAGACCCUCCCAGCUAACAACAUGCCUGAACCAAAACGGCGAGGAGAUGCGCAAUUUGGUUGGGCGUUUUGGUGGAUAUUUCCUCGUGGCUGCCACCGUUGCUCUGACUGCGAUUAUCUGGAGCAUGGCCCUCUGCUGGAAGUUGACUCUUGUUGUUCUUGCUUGCGGUCCCGUCAUUUACGCUAUCACCAGAGGCUUUGAGAGAACAACUGGAUUGUGGGAGAGACGAUCUUCUGGAGCUAGAACCACGACAUCGGAGGUCUUCAUCGAGACGUUUUCAGAGAUCCGCACGGUCAGAAACCUGACGCUAGAGCCGUUCUUUCACAAGAAGCACUUGAAAGCUGCGGCGGUGUGCAUGACCAUCGGCGUCAAAAAGGCUCUCUACACGGGAUCUCUUUUCGGCCUGGUGGAUUCUAUGAUCAUGUUUGUCAGUGCCUUGAUAUUUUAUUAUGGGGCGGUGCUGGUAUCUUCGUUAGAAUUCAGCGUCGAACAACUCAUGAGCGUGUUUUCCAUGCUUCUAUUCGGCAUUGGAUAUGCAAGCGUGGUUCUUUCAUGGAUCCCUCAAAUUGGCACGUCGCAUGAGAUGGCUAACCAGCUCUUGCGCCUUGCUGACCUUCCCAAGGGCAGCUCGCACGAGCACAAGGGAACCCUCAAGGUCCGCCAAGUCGCACCAGUAAAGAUGACGGGGCUUAGCUUUCGUUAUCCAACCCAAUCCAACGCACUGGUGUUGAAAGACGUCUCCAUCACCAUUACGAGAAACUCAUGUACAGCUAUUGUUGGGCGUUCCGGAUCGGGGAAGUCCACAAUAACAUCGCUGCUUCUCAAUUUAUACGAUAGUCCGAAGUCAGCCCAAGGGUGGCCCACAAUUGCUUUGGGGGGCGUUGACAUUCAUCAAGUGCACACUCCAACGCUUCGAUCUCUCAUCUCAAUUGUGUCGCAGCAGCCUUCUAUCUUUCCGGGGACGAUCCAGGAGAACAUAACAUACGGCCUUGAAGACUCAUCCCCACUGCACCAGAUUUACCACGUACGCGCUGCCGCACAGGCGGCUGGGAUUGACGAGUUCAUUUCAUCGCUGGCCCAAGGCUAUCUCACAGUCAUCGGAGACGGUGGCGUGGGAUUGUCGGGAGGACAAGCUCAGCGGCUUGUCAUCGCACGAGCUCUCAUUCGAAAGCCCCAGAUCCUUAUCCUGGACGAGGCGACAUCCAGCCUUGAUCCUACUAAUGCUAAGAUCGUUCGCCAAACGGUGCAGCAGCUAGUCGCCGGGCAACUUGGACUUACUGUGCUCAUCGUAACGCAUGCAAGAGAAAUGAUGAAGAUUGCGGACAAGAUCGUCGUGCUUGAACAAGGCCGUGUGGUUGAAGACGGGUCAUUCGAGGAGCUCGCGCGCCGGGAUGGCGGGAAACUGAAGGCUUUGAUAGAGGACCCCUGCGAGGACGAUGAGACCGAUGCAUACAACAGAGGGGUUGUUGCGGGCUAA